AUGAAGUUCGGGAAGUGGCUGAAGCAGCAGAUUCAUGCAACGCUGCCGAGUUGGAGAGACAAGUACUUGUCGUACAAGGAACUGAAGCAGCUGGUACGGCUGCUGUCGUCGGGGCCGACGUCACUGUUGAACGGAUCGCCGAUGAACGGCAAGGCGGAGUCCGAGUUCGUCCACUUUUUGAACAAUGAGAUCGAUAAGUUCAAUACGUUUUACAUGGAACAAGAGGAGGAUUUCAUUAUCCGGCAUAAGGAAUUAAGAAUGAGGAUAAAGAGGGUAAAUGAAUUAUGGGGACCCUCUAGGUUUCAUCCUUCAGAAAUGGAUCGCAAGGAGGAGAUGACAAAAAUCAGAAAGGAUAUUGUUGAUUUUCAUGGUGCAAUGGUUCUCCUGAUAAACUACAGCAACAUUAAUUACACAGGGCUCGCUAAGAUUUUGAAGAAAUAUGAUAAGAGAACAGGUGGGCUAUUACGCUUCUUGUUCAUUCAGAAAGUGUUAGAGCAACCAUUCUUCAUGACAGAACUGAUAUCAGAUCUGGUGAAAGAAUGUGAGGGAAUGAUCGAAUUAAUAUUACCAGUAGAGGAACAAGAAGUGGAAAGAGCACAUGAGGCUAGAGAAUCCAUCACAGUGGCCGGAGAAGGAAUCUUCAGGAACACCGUGGCCGCGUUACUUACUAUGCAAGAAAUUAGAAGAGGAAGUUCCACGGAAAGCUCUUUCUCACUCCCUCCUCUCAACUUGCCUGACUCAGAUCUCAUUCGCUUAAUUCAGCUAAAUUCCUCCUUAACAAUCAUCUAAUGACCAAACUCAUCUUUACAUCAAUAAUCUCACACGCUCUCUUUAUAUGUGUGUAUGUGGCUACAAAACUUUUGCGACAGAAUAUAAAUAGUCGUCGUGGAAUUAUUUCAUAGCCAUAGUUGCUUCAAUUCUUGAUUAAUUGCCUUGUGAAGGCUAAAGUUAUUUAAUUAUUGUAUUUUUUGU